UCCAGGAUGAUUAGCGUGUUGGAAAUAUUUUGGAGACCUGGGUUGCAGAAUAUGUUGCGCGAGACGGAAUUAAUUAUUACAUUAAUACAUAGAACUCCUUUUCGCAGGUUUCUUUUGCAUUGCAAUAACUAUAAACGAACUAGUUUUAUAUUUGCGUUGUUCCCUUCUUACAGUUGCAAAUUGAAAGACCAGGAAUAUGCUGUGGACCGUUAAUCCAUGUUUCUUCCUCUUCACCGGCUUCUUUAUGAACUGCGUAUCUGCUGGUGAGCAAUGCAGAGAGGAACGGAGCAUAAAUGGGAUGGCUCUACAGGGAUUCAUCUUUAAAAAAUUCCUCGUAAGUGCCCUUCACGAGUGUGAUAUCAGCUGUGAAACAGAAAUCACCUGUCAAAGCUACAACUUCGCCUUAAGUGAAAAGUCGUGCGAACUGAAUAACCGCACCAAGGAGGCCAGACCAGAAAAUUUCCUUUCAGACCCGGCACGGUUUUACAAAAGACGCUUGAGUAGCAGGGCUCCGCUGGGUUCCAUUCCAGAGCUCCCAGCGCAUUCGUGUCAGGAAAUAAAGGCAAGCGAAGGAAAAGCCACCAUUAGCAGCAAGUACUGGCUAGAUCCAACUGCGACUGGAACAGCAGUUUUGGUUUUUUGUAACAUGCACUUAGAAGGUUACUGAAAGUCAUCUUUCAUGUCACUUCUGUGUUGUUUUGAGUUUUGCUUGGGUUUGGAUGCUGUUGCUUGCAUCUAGAGAUAAAAUCCCGGCCUUCUCUUUCAGUAUCAGAGCAUUUUGAUUUACAUUAUACCAAAAGUUAAAAAGUUUUUCUUAACCGUUUACAAAGCAAAUGAAAGGGAAGAUCAAAAUGAGAGAGUUA